AUGAACGAAUACCAACUCAAGGGAGCAGACACCAUCGUUGUGUCGUUCACCAUAACGAAUAGAGGAGAGCAUGCCUACAACACACGACUCGUGAUCGAGAGCAAGGGAGACCUCAUCAGCAGAGAGCAGGCCGACAACGCUGACGGGGUCGUGUGCGAAGCGAAGCAGAAACCUCCGAGGAUCGAGUGCGAGGUCGAUGCCAUCUUCAAGGCGGGGCAGAAGGAAUUUGACGUCCACUUGACACCCCAAAAGAGCUUCUUCGAUUCCCUAGAGAAACACGAUGACUUCUUCAUGGUCACAGCCACAGUCGAAACCACUUCGAAACAAGUGAACCCGGACGCGUCGAAGAAGAAAUUCCAGAUCCCUAUCAUCGUGCGAGGAGACCUAGACUUGACGAAGGAGGAAUCUGACCCCGAUCACGUCAGCUACAGCAGCUCCUCGAACUUCAAGAGUCCGGCCGAGGCGUCUGCGGAGUCCGAACUGGGCGAGGAAGUGAUCCACAAGUACAAGCUUUACAACAAGCAUCCUUAUCCCAUCUACAGCACCUUAUUGACCAUCAAUUGGCCGCUGAAGAUAGAAGUGAGGUUUCGGGUGUGUUUCAGUGGGGUUUCGGGUAUUUCAGUGAGGGUAUCAGGUGUUUCAGUGAGGAUUUGGGUGUGUUUCAGUGGGGGUAUCAGUUUUGGGUGUUUCAGUUAUUAUUAUUAUUAUUAUUAUUAUUAUUAUUAUUAUUAUUAUUAUUAUCAUUAUUAUUAUUAUUAUUAUUUAUUUAUUUAUUUGCAUGUUCCAGUGAGUUUUAGGGUACGUUUCAUUUUUUUUUUUUUUUUUUUUUUGUGUGUGUGUUCCAGUAACUUUUCAGAUUUUUCAGUGAUAUUAACUAAUCCCAAAUCCGUCCACAGAAAAUCCGAGCCUAGCAUUCAGUACAUGGUAAUGUCCUGUAUCCUCGGCGAACUGGACCAGGAGUCACAGGCCUUCAUUCAAUUAAGGUCGCGACUCGUUCAAAAAUCGCUGGGAAAAGUGUCGUUUAAGGGAGGAGAAAUUAAGUCCAGCGUCCAGGCCCAGGUGAGGUCUCUGCCCUUGAAUGCCACGCAACCCUCACCUGUGGAAGCUUCCGUCAUCACCAUCAUUUCCAACAUACCAUCGGGAACGGUUCCGUGGUGGGUGUACCUGCUGGCUGCCAUGGGAGGUCUCCUUCUCCUCCUCUUCAUUGUCCUGAUACUGUGGAAGUGUGGAUAUUUCAAGAGAAAGCGAGUUGAAACGGCGGACGAAACUGAGGCAGAGAAAGAUACGAAGGACAAAUUAGAGGAUGAAGAGGAACACCCAACGACGCCCCAAAGUCCCAUGUUAAAAGAGACGGAGGAGGCCAACGAUGACUUUACCUUCAGUAGACCGAAAUCCUCGCAGCCUGUUUAGUUAUCGGUAAAAAGCAAAACGAAAAGAAAAGAAAAAAAAGAAAAGAAGAGAAACAAGGAGAAGAAAAGAAAAGAAAAGAAACAAGGAGAAGAAAAUGAGGUAACCCAUCGGUGAAAGACUGAUAUUACAUUCUAUUAACGAGGUAAUAUGUUUACUGUUUCGCAUUGCAGAAGCAUUUGAUUGAAGCGUAUUGAAGUGACCGUUGCAAAAAUAAAAGUGAUGAGAGAGAGAGAAAAAAAAUUGGGACGAGCCGAUAAGUCUCGCGCUGUUGUCGUAAAAGUGGUUUAAUUAUAAUUGCUUAUUAGGAAGCAGGGGCUCCUACUACCUCGAGAACACCAGCUUGUCCUAGGCUUAAAUACUGAAUCCAACAUCCUUUGUAAGACACGCACACGCACACGCACACGCUUACGCACACGCACACGCACACGCACACGCACACGCACACGCACACGCACACGCACACGCACACGCACACGCACACACACACACACACACACACACACACACACACACACACACACACACACACACACACACACACACACACACGUAUCGUAUACAUUAUUAUACUAUAGCUGUGUCUCAUAGCUAUCCAAAAGAUAGUUGGGUUCUCGUCAGCUGAACAAUAUUAGGAACCCUGCAAGUAAGUGAUUGAAUGAUUUAAUUGUUUUAGUUGAUAAACAUAAAGCUUUGUCGAUGUCUAUUUUUUUUUCGGUGUAUAUGCUUGGGAAUGGGCGCAUGUCGAAAAUACUAUGAGAUAGGUAAAAUAUAGGUAGUAGAAUUUAAUCACCCUUUUUGAUUAUAAGAAAAAGAAAAUCAUAUACGAUAGUUUCAGACAAUCAAUCUAAGUUUUUCAUGCUUGGGUAUUUAACGUAUAUCAGAUGUAUACGAAAUUAUGACUAUUAUAAGCACUACUCCUAAACUAAGGAGAAGGAUUCAGUAUAUAUUUUGUAUGUCUAAAGUAACUACCAAAGCCUGGUAAUUAUAGAU